CGGGGCGAGUGAGUCCCUCGGUGGCGGCGGCGGCGGCGGGCGCUGCUCCUGGCUGCUGCCUCUCGGUGCGGUUGCGCCUUCGCCUUGGCCCGGCUGGGUGGGCUUUCGGCGGGGCGCCGGCGAUGCUGCUGGGGGUGCUGGUGCUGUGGGCGGCCCUGGAGCUGCGCGCCUCCGCCGCCGCCGCCUCCUCCUUGGCCGACUUCACCUUGGAGCACGAGGUCCACUCCAGCUUCAUCCACCGGCGGCUGCGGAGCCAGGAGCGGCGCGAGAUGCAGCGGGAGAUCCUCUCCAUCCUGGGCCUGCCCCACCGGCCCCGGCCCCACCUGCACGGGAAGCACAACGCCGCCCCGCUCUUCAUGCUGGACCUCUACAACGCCAUGGCCGGCGGCGGGGCCGAGGAGGAGGCGGCGGCCGUGGGGCUGGUGGGCGAGGGCGGCCCCGAGGCGGGCGGGCUGGAGGGCUACUCCUACCCCUACAAGCCCCUCUUCAGCACCCAGGCCCCCCCGCUGGCCAGCCUCCAGGACAGCAACUUCCUCACCGAGGCAGACAUGGUCAUGAGCUUCGUCAACAUGGUGGAGCAUGACAGAGAGUUCUACCACCAACGCAGUCACCAUCGGGAGUUCCGGUUCGACCUCUCCAGAAUCCCUGAGGGUGAAGCGGUGACUGCUGCUGAGUUUCGGAUUUACAAGGACUACAUCAGAGAACGCUUUGAUAAUGAAACAUUCCAGAUCAGUGUCUACCAGGUCCUCCAAGAACAUCCGGGAAGGGAUUCAGAUUUAUUCCUCCUUGAUACCCGGACCAUUUGGGCAGCAGAAGAAGGAUGGCUAGUGUUCGAUAUUACUGCAACUAGUAAUCACUGGGUGGUAAAUCCACAUCACAAUCUUGGUUUGCAGUUAUCAGUGGAAAGCAUAGAUGGACAAAGCAUCAACCCCACGUUAGCUGGUCUUAUUGGGAGACAUGGCCCACAAAACAAGCAGCCAUUCACAGUAGCCUUCUUCAAAGCCACCGAGGUGCAUUUCCGAAGUAUUCGUUCUGCAGGAGGCAAACAGCGCAACCAGAACCGAUCAAAGACACCAAAGAACCAAGAAGCUUUUCGGGUGUCAAAUCUUGGAGGUAUGCAAGCAGUAGAAAACACCAGCAGUGACCAGAGACAAGCUUGCAAGAAACAUGAGCUCUAUGUCAGUUUCAGGGAUCUUGGCUGGCAGGACUGGAUCAUUGCUCCAGAAGGCUAUGCUGCAUACUACUGCGAAGGGGAAUGUGCCUUCCCAUUAAACUCUUACAUGAAUGCAACAAACCAUGCUAUUGUGCAAACGCUGGUCCACUUUAUAAACCCCAAUACUGUGCCGAAACCUUGCUGUGCCCCAACGCAGCUCCACGCCAUCUCAGUCCUCUACUUUGAUGACAGCUCCAAUGUCAUUUUGAAAAAAUACCGAAACAUGGUGGUACGAGCUUGUGGCUGCCAUUAAACAUCCCACAAUGGAAAGACAACACAUGAGUUGCAAAACAGACAAGGUUAUACUGUUACACUCUUGAUGGUAAAGAAGAAGAGAACCUUCUCUGAAAACAAGCCACAAUUUUUAGGAAGAACAUUUCUGACGGGGCCAUAGAGUCAAGAAAGAAUUCCAAAUGGAAGUGGCAUUCUGCAGUGAGUUUGGCUUUUGCUUUUGAAUGAGCAUCACUCUGCAAAACUAAUGCACAAUGAAAAAGGACCAAAGACCUGUUUUGCAAACAGGUUUGUACUUCUGAAGGGUAAACAAAAUCUGUUUGAAAGCGCUUUGUCAAGGGGAACAAACUUUCUUUUAAAAAAAACAAAAACAAAAAGCCAUCUCUGUGGUGAGAAAAGUGUGUAUGAGUGUUUGAGUGUUUACACAUGUGCAUAGAUUAUAUAAAAUUACUUUUAGAGACAUGAAUUGUUUGAAUUUAAAUGUGUGAAUGAUGUUGCCUGCAAGAAACAGAGAUCCUGUUAAGAUUUCUAGAGAUAUGUGAUCCGACCUUUUAAAAAAUGAUAUCUCCGUCUUCCCCAUGGUGCUCCACAUUUGGCACACUUCUCUUCCAAAGCAGCUCUGCAGUUGUGCAAAGCACAUCUCAGUCACUGAGCCUGAUGCCUUAAGCUAACUAUUGUUUUCCCCAUUUGAAUCCAAAAAUCACAGUGGCACAUAACAGACACAUUUUACGUACCUGUUUCAAUCCAAAACCCACUGGUAGCAUCACAAACUGUAGAUGUAUGGUUUUCUUAUUAUUAGUGCAAUUGAUUUAACUGGACAUAAGCUUGUACAGUUUAAUCCACCUUUCUGAAUAUUGAAGGCUUUGGGUGGAACAGGAUGAGAUCACACAGUUUCCUUUGACAGUAACAUUUGAGGACUCAUUCCCUGUUUUCCAACAAUUAUGCAUAACAGUAAACAUGCAGUUCUAACUGGAAUAAGAAAAUGCCUUUACCGCCCAGCUAAUUUCCUCCAUUCACAAGCUAAAGUUUCCAAGCUUCCACCUCAAAUUAACCUCAUUAGCUAGUACAAUACUGCCAUUGCACAAAGCAAAUCCAAAACUAAACCAUAUGUUUAUCUCUCCAAAGUUGGAAAUCAGUGUCUGACAGCAUUCCUCAGAGGACUAUACUGAGCAAAAUAUUCUACUAAUGCAUAUGAAGAUGUGAAUAACAUCUUUUUAAAGGUUCUGAUGGGACUGAACGGAGAUGAAUUGGAGCACCAAAGAAUGAUGGUACAUUCACGCCGUUGGAGAGGAAUAAUACAAAAGAACCAAGUGCCCAGAAGAUGGUUAAAUUGGGCAAGCACUGAUGAGUCUAAGAAAUACUUAGGAGCUAUAGCAGAUAACAAAGUGAACAUGAGUCAAUAAGUUGGGUAUAAAGCCAAUAUCAUUUCAGGUUGGUUCAACAAGGGAAACUCUUUUCAAAAUUGGAGACAUGUUAGUGCUGAUGUGGUGCUGAGCAAGGCUGUAUCUACAAUUUGAGCACUAUUUAUUCAAAAUUGGGUUUGGGCACAAAAAUUUCAGCACGAAAGCUACACAAAUAAUGGUUUAUAAACAGUGAAAGGAAAUGGGCUUAUAUCUUUCCAAUACUACAGGUUGAACAUCUCUUAUCAGGAAUCCCAAAAUCUGAAAUCCAAAAUUAUCCACAUGGUUCCCGAGAUGGUGACAUCUUUGUUUUCUGAUAGUUCAGUGUACAGAAAUGCUGUUUCAUGUACAAAAUUAUUUUAAAAUACUGUAUAAAAUUACCAUCAGACUAUGUGUAAAAGAUAUAUAUCAAACAGAAAUUAAUUUGGGUUUAGACCUGGGUCUCAUCUCCAAGAUAUCUCGUUAUGUACAUAUAUUCAAAUACAGGUAUUCCAAAUCUGGGAGGAAAAGAUUCAAAGUCUAAAACACAUCUGGUCCCAAGCAGUUUGGUUAAGGGAUUCUCGAUCUGGAUUAGGGAAAAACAUGAACAUGAAACAGCAAGGAUAAUAUGCCAUUAUCUAAAUUUUUGUUGAGGCAAGCAUUUAUACUGUGUAUUGUCUGGUUAUCCCAUGUCAUAAAGAUUGUAGAUCUGGAAGAAAAUGUAGAAAAGGGAAACCAAUGUGAUCAACAAAGAGGACAACUUUUCUUACAAGGAAAAUUAUCCAGUAAAGCUGAUUUGCUAUAGCUUUUGGAGAUAACACUGAAAAUUUGUCUUUACAGAACACAUGCUUCAUUUAUGGGAUUUAUUGCCUGAACAGGGAAUGAUGUUCACUGCAUACCUUUUUGAAAGGAUAAAGCUUGGAUGGAAUGGAUUCAUAAAGGGCUACUAAUAUGUAUAGCUCAAUACUCAUAUUCCACGCAGAUACUGGUGUCGUCUUUUUGAACAAAACAAAUGAACAACAUCAGAGAUCUGAUUGGUUAGUGUUAUGGGAAGGAAGCCCCUUCAUGGCUGUGAAAUCUUUCUUGUGGCACUGCCUGUUCAAACCCCGAAAUAGGAAAGUUAGUAGAAAAGUGCUAAUGCAUUUAGUUAGUUAUUAAUUAGUUUUUAAUAGGCUGAAAAAUCUAGUUCAUGUUAAAUUGCCAUUGAAGUAUAAGUUAAUAGUCUGCUCUAUAAAACCACUGCAGGAAAAAAAAAGACUUCUGUUCUUAGUCCUUCUGUGUUGUUCCUACCUUGGACUUUAGAGAGAAGGAAACAGCUAAAUGAAUUUUUGGAAAAACCCUAUUUUUCAUUUACCCACCAAAACACCUUCUCUUGCAUUCCUUUUCCUCCCUUUCUUAUAAUCGUAUCCCAGUAAAGGUCUUGGGGUAAGAUCUUCAAAAUUCAGUUUCCUAGGACAAAUAAGGACAUUUUGUGCACUGCCUAAUGUAACACAUAGGAAGUCCACUUGAGCCUAAAGAAAACCAGGUCUUGUUCUAGGCCUCCAUUACUGUAUGUUGACCUCAUUUUUUAAAAAACUUUGAAUGAUUUAGACACCAGAUUUUAUUUUUGUGUGAGUGGGGUUAAUAAGCAAAAUUAAAAUCUGGUGGCUAAGGUAUUAGAAUGUACCAAUCCAAAGGAAUUAAAAGCAAGGAACAAUUUUCAAAACUCCAUGAGAACUGGGCUUUUGGUAAAAUAAUAAUCUAGGAUUUGUUACAUUUGUUGGGCAUUUAGCAUGGUCUCCUAUUUGACAAAUUAAUGAUUUAAGGUUGAAGUUCUAAAUUAAGUUUUAAAAUAAAUUUAAUUAACUUACCUAUUUACAUUAGAAAAUUUAUAACUUAAUGGAUACUUUAUUGACUUUAAUUAGUCCUUAGAUGUCAAGGAUUCAAUGAUAUAUUUGAAUUGUAUUUUCAGUAGUUGGGGCAGGGUUUCAAUGCUUUACACAGCUGUUCAUUCUUACUUAUGACCUGAAAACAAAUUAUUUUAAGGUAAUGUUAGACUACAGAACAAAUUAAGCAAGACCAGUGAUAAAGAAUUGUUCCAGUUUAUGAAAGAGAAUAGUAGAAGAGAAUAGUGGUUUCCCCAAAAAUCUCCAGAGGAGCUUCAUGACCAAGUAAGGUUUCACAUUUUCCCUCCCUAUAGGCCAUGGUACAACUCCACAUCAACUGUUUUAUUUGGCAGCCAGGAAGAGCAAUAGAAGUGACAUCUUUUUAAAAAUGCAGUCCUUGGAAUUCAGUCGUUUGUGUGCAACUAAAUAGCAGCUGUGUGUAUACACAAACUUACACAACAUUUGCAGAGCUGCAUCAUUCUGAGUUGUUGCAGUUUUCCAUAGUGACCUUUGGAACAAAAUUAGUGGCUCAGGGAUUCUGAGGAACUAUAAAGUACUGCUCUGACCAUUGUCUUCCAUGUGAAAAGCAGCCUUCAUUCACAAUAGGAGACCUACAGCAUGGGCCCAGAUAACCAUGUAUUACUUGGGAUUUGUAAAUAUGCAAAUAGGGUGGGUGCAGAGGAACAUGUUAAUGUCAAAUGAACCAUAAUGGUGCCUUGAGAAAGACUUUCCUUUUCAUAAUGCUGUUCCUAGUGGGCUAGACAUCAUUCCCAGGUGAAAGGUCCCAGGUUUUCUGUGGCUGAUGGGCCACCAUAGCAGUUUUGGUCCCCAGCUUCUGUGUUGAAAGAAUCAAUAGGUGGGCAGCAUAGAUGUUCCCCCUGGCUCAAGUGGGAUUUGGUUGCUUCUACUGGUUUGUUAGGGUUGCCUUCAUAACAUAAUGCUUGUGUGGAAGAGGAAAUUCCAGCAAGCAUAUGAAGCAACACCUGCUGAAACCCCUUCUUCUACACAACUGACACAUAUGUUUAAAGUAUGAGAGCCCUCUCCAGUUCUCUUUGGAGACCUCAGCUUUCAUCCUCUUAACAGCAUGACAGUGAAGACUGGGUCCAACUGGGUGAUGAAGAGAAUGGAAGAGCCUUCAAAGACAUGUUUUGAAGGGCAGCCCAAAGUAAGGAACUAGUUGCCUGAAAUUGUGUUUCCUUGGCUUGGGUAGGUAAGAAGAGGAUUAGGAUGCGGCAGAGUUUCAAAAGCAUACCUUCCUUUGGCCCAUAUUUCCUAGAGAUUCUGGGUGUUGCACCUGAAAACAGCAAAAUAUUUCAAGCUCUGAGAGAUGAACAGUCAUCUGGUACAUAAUUUAAAAUGUGCUCAGUGUAUCAUUAUAUACUUCUAGGGGUUCAGUGAGCAUUGUUCAGGGAACUUGGUUGCUUUUUCAAAGCUAAUGCAAUACAUUAAAAAACACCUUCUAAGUGUAUAUGUAUAUAAUAUAUGGGUGAGCCUUAGUGCCUUGAGUUGCAGUCCAUACUAGUGAAUGUUCUGUAUAUGGUAGGCCACACUUCAUAAACUGUUUUACUGUAUUCACUAACCUUUUAGCUAUUCUUGGGGGAUGUUGUUUUAUGGAUUAGUUUCUUCUAUUUCUCCCAUGUUCCACACUAAAUAAAUGGCAGGCCUCCUGCAAAUCUCUGUGUAAGCUCCACUGUUUGUACAUGUUUGUGUAAAUAGUUUUCACAAAAAGCAGAACAAAAUUUAUUUAUUUCAGCCUCUAUAUUUCCUCUUUUCUCAAACAGAUUCAGGAAGAAAAUCUCUAUUCAUCUCUCCUUUGAACACAUGUUGUUUCCUUAUUUAAUAAAGUAUUUAUUAACAACUGUUGGUAAAAGAAAAAUAAAGGAAUAUACGUUUUGGGUCUUUAUUCCCCUUUAGAUCAGUUGUUUUUAGAUGGUUGUUUGUAUAAUUUAACCAAAUAAAUGAUUGUGGUUUUACAUGGUUUUAAAAAAUA